AUGGACGUUAGGUACGAACAUCGGCCAAGUCCAUGGUUGGCGAUGAAUUAAAAGAAGCGCUGAAGGAUGUGCACGUUAUCGGUAUCCGCUCAAAGACAAAACUCACAGCUGAGGUUAUCAAUGCCGCUCCUAAGCUCAUAGCCAUUGGAUGCUUCUGUAUCGGUACAAACCAGGUCGAUUUGAAGGCUGCCGCCGCACGUGGUAUCCCCGUAUUCAACUCCCCUUACGCAAAUAGCCGAAGUGUGGCGGAGCUGAUUAUCUCACAGAUUGUCAGUCUCGCUCGCCAGCUCGGCGACCGCAACCGAGAGAUACACGAGGGUAACUGGAAUAAAGUGUCUGCCGAGUGCUACGAAAUCCGUGGCAAGACGCUGGGCAUUGUGGGAUACGGUCACAUCGGUUCGCAGGUGUCUGUGCUUGCCGAGUCUAUGGGCAUGCGUGUGAAGUUCUACGACAUCGUCCCCAAGCUCGCUCUGGGCAACGCCAGUCAGUCAGGCACGCUUCAGGAGCUAUUCGAAGAGGCAGACUUCGUCACCCUUCACGUACCCGCUACCAGCGAAACCGCAUACAUGAUCACCAAAGUAGAGAUUGCCUGGAUGAAGCCCAAGUCAUAUCUACUCAACGCUAGUCGAGGCAAUGUGGUGGUAAUUGAGGACCUAGCGGCGGCGCUAAAAUCAGGAGCGUUGAGUGGCGCGUAUGUCGACGUCUUUCCAACGGAGCCAAAGGGUAAUGGCAAUGGGUUUGAGACCCCUCUGCGCGGCCUCAAGAACGUUUUGCUAACACCACACAUCGGUGGAUCGACUGAGGAGGCCCAGGCCGCCAUUGGUGUAGAGGUUGCAUCUAAGUUGAUGAGGUAUACCAAUAGUGGUACCACAACCGAUGCAGUCAACUUCCCGCAGUGCGAUCUGCCUUACUUAGAGGUCACCCACCGUAUCUGCAAUGUGCAUAGAAACGUUCCCGGUGUACUGAAGAAAAUCAAUGAUGUGCUGGGCGACUACAACGUCAGUGGCCAGGCACUUGGCACAAAGGACGGCAUUGGAUACCUUAUGGUGCAAGUAGACAGCAAAUUUUCCGAGACAAUCAAGCAGAAAGUCAUGGAAGUCGACGAGUCUAUCCGCACGCGUGUUAUGUGGUAGAUACGAUUUCGCUCGGGGUAGCUGAAUUGGCUUCCGACUACUAGUAGGCACCUCCUAAAGCGAGCAUACAGGUUAUGCACACGUGUAUCGGAGAAUAUGUGCACGUAGAUUAUUCAGCUUGCAUCGAUUAGUAAGUUUGAGAGGUCAUGCAGAAUGACAAUAUAUUUAGCUUUAGAGUAUGCGUCAAUAUCUACAACCAAGUGUUUAGAUGAUAUUUUCAUGAGCGUGCGGAUUUUCCUCGAGACCCUGGGAGUUGUGCGUCCUUGACACAAAAUCACUUCUCAAAAGUAUAAAGAGUACGAACGACGUACCAUCGUUAUUUGUGGCUACCACUAUAGAUAUGUCGUGCAUUGUGUGUACGACGAGCUUGAGUCCUUUGGGUGGAUUAGCAGGGCAAAUAGUGAGUGAACAUUUUGUCAGGUUCUUAUGACUAGCAAGGUAUCCUACAACAGAAGAUAUCUGUAUGUUGUGCAAAAAGUACUAUGAAAGUCGUCACUAAUUCCAGUAAUUCCUGUCUGCGAACAAUGGUAAAUUGAUAGUAAAGACUAAUUGGUUGAACAGAUUUAUAUUGCUGCACAAAUGCGCGUUGAGGGAUAGCUAGAAGCAAUCGUAUACGCAAUGGCUAAAUGGUGGUAUCAAAAAUUGACUCAACUUUGUGUUUCAUUCAAUAUAGCUUAUGAGAAAUUGCUUGUACAGCAGACACUCAAGAUAUUGCUCUAUUCUAUAUUAAAAAGCGC